CUGAGUCUCUGCCUGCUUUUUACCACCACGCGCAUAUCAAAAACUUAAGAGCUCCUGAGAGACGAUAAAUGACAGAGAAUAUUACACUGAAGAUUGGCGUGUCAACAACACACUAUUAAUUAUAAGGGUGGGUGUUGACAGACAGAACAACCACACAGUGCCAAAGCGAAUGGAACACAACCUGACCUUUCUCCUCCACAGAUGCAGCACCUCACUUUCCCAACACUAUCGCAUUUUGCCAUUUGCGGCGGUACGCACGGCAAUGAGUUGACAGGGGUGUACGUGGUGCGAGAGAUGGAGAAAAAAAAGGUGAAUAAGAUUGGCUCUGUGUCAGUAAUGACAGUCCUGUCAAAUCCAGAGGCUGUUGAAGUGUGCAGACGGUACGUGGACACAGAUCUAAAUCGUUGUUUCCGAGAUGCUACGCUGAGUACGCCCCUCACGGCCUCCUCACCGCAUGAGAUAAAGAGAGCUCACGAGUUGAAUGCUCUGCUUGGGCCCAAAGGAAGUCCACAGGCCGUGAGCUUGCUUUGUGACAUCCACAACACCACCAGCAACAUGGGCCAGUGCUUCAUCUUUUAUGGCUUUGAUUGGAUCGCCCUACAUAUUUUUAAAUAUGUACAGAGUAAAACAUCAUUUGGGCCGGUGAGAGCAAUUCAGUGUGACGUACCAAAUUCAGAGACCUAUUCCCUUGAAUCUGUGGGCAAACAUGGCUUUGCAUUAGAGGUUGGACCUCAGCCCAACGGAGUGGUUAGAGCAGACAUCUAUAACAUGGUAACAGAAACACUGGAUCUCAUCAUGGACUGGCUUGAAAAAUUCAAUUCUGGAAUUACGUUUGAGGGCAGUGAAGUGGAGGCAUUCUGUGUGGGCAAGCCCCUCGACUACCCGAGAAAUCCGAUCACCAAUGAGGUCACCGCUGCAAUUCAUCCACAGCUUCAGGACAACGACUUUAAGGCUCUCUGUGCCGGGGACCCCAUUUUCCAGUCCUUCACAGGAGAUACGGUCAAGUAUGAAGGAGAGGAGGCCUACCCUUUAUUUGUAAACGAAUGUGCCUACUAUGAGAAGAAGGUUGCCUUUUAUUUAGCUCGGAAAAUCAGUAUUAGCCUCCCAUCCAUUAGUGUGAAGACAGACAUGAGCGGGUGAUUUUAAAACGUAACUACAGGAAAAUAUUUUGAUUUAAGCAGAGGUGAUUUUGUGUCCUCUGAGAAACUGAAGAAAUUGAGGUAAUUGAUUACUAUGUUGCAAGCUGGUGACCUGUGGCAAACUCACUGGAGGCGAACAGGUUUAUCUUCUAAGUGUGUGCAAUCACAGUCCAAGCUUCAGGCCGCUUUCUCAUUGGUUAUUUUGAUUCUUGUCAAACAAGGAUGUUUGAUCGUCAAUAUUGAACAGUUGAACACUUUUAACAUUGUUCGUAGGUCCCAAACAAUUUCCUAGCACAUCGGUAGACUAAAAAGUAUCACCCACAGCUGACAAGCUAGAUAGUUUGUUGAAAACAAAAUGACUGUUAAAAUGGUUUAGUUGUGGCCAACAUUUCGAACAUGUUGAAGGGGCAAAUAUUUUUCAUUCUAGAUUCCACUUGUUAGACCAGGCAGUGCGAAAUACUGAAAUGUGACUUUCUACUACUACUACUUAAUGAAAUAAGCUAACAAGUGAGCUAUAAAGAGCAUGUAUACACAUGUACAUUCAGAAAAAGGACUACAAUGCAUUCCAUUUUUUACUAAUGUCAAAUAAUGUACCUUAAAGGGCUAAUGUUUUUUUGAUUUGCUAUUAUCAAGAUAUCUUAAGUGAUUGCACACUAAUUUAUGCUCAACGAAGAGCGUUUUAAUACUUGAUUCAACACACCAAGGUCAAUGUCAGUCUUUGGCGAUGUUUGUUUUUAUUCAAUGAAAAAAUGUUACUCUUUCAUAAUUUAGCAGUUUUAAUCUGAUGAAAAUGUAAAUUAUUUCUUGGUAAAUUAAAAAAUGAAAGUAUUUUUGUCUACAUACACACUACAAAUUAAUCAGAAUUCCAGUUUAUUUGUGAAUGGUGCUUAAAUUUGAAUGAAUAAAACACUGUGAUACAUUAAACUGCGUAUUAAACAUUUAUUUUGGACCCAUCAAGUACACCGAUAAUAUAACAGAUGGGUUAUUCC